GUCUCUCCGAGUGGGUGUGUCCAGGUAAAGACUCCGAAACCUGUGUCCGGAUCGAAGGAAAAGGAUUGCCAGGGUACCAUACUGCAUCGGGACGUGCGGCGUCUCAUCGUCCUCAUCCCAACAGAGGAUCAAGUCGACUAGCACCAGCUCGCCUGAGAAGUGCGAUCUUUCCAUGUCACGCCAUGACGCAAAGAUCGAGCGGGAGGUGUUUCGCCGAUCUGCCGGGUAUUGCCUACGAGCGGGUGCAUGUGACGACGGGCUCGCAACUGCAUGCGCGCAACAGCGAGCGCACGGCUCCGCAGCGCACGGCUCCGCAGCGCAUCAACAGGUGAUCACAAUCGCACUCAUUAGGAACGCACGGCAGAAACCCCGGAACAAAAUAAGGAGUGAGCAUUCAGUCAGUAGCUUGCAACGCAACAAACGGCAGCAGAAGAAACGAAAGCUGAAUAACCACAGGAGUAAAACACGCAUGGAAGCAGAAAGGAUCAAGGAGGCUACCGGUUUUUCACCUACAACGACCACCACUUCGUUACUGGUCAAUAAACUCAAGAAAGAGAGUGAAAUCCUGAGUCUGGUCUAUUUUCUUCCCUUAUCAAGUGUGGGAAACCAUGACGUUGAAAUACACUUGCCAGGCUGGAUCCUCCGGAAUGUGUGGUUGACGGAGGACGCGACUCCAUCGACUGCACGCUCCGAAGGACCCGGAAGUCAGGCGCUGCGAAAUGAGACGGUCCAGUCUGCCCACCCCGCUGGUUACGUCACCAAUCCUCCGGCUUCUUCUUCUAAUUCCGGCAGGCCGUAG